AUGAUCAAGGGGUACAUGCAGCAGCACAACAUCCCCCAGCGGGAGGUGGUGGAUGUCACCGGUCUCAACCAGUCUCACCUCUCCCAGCACCUCAACAAGGGCACCCCCAUGAAGACGCAGAAACGAGCCGCCCUCUACACGUGGUACGUCCGCAAGCAGCGGGAGAUCCUCCGCCAGUUCAACCAGACAGUCCAGGGUUGUGGAAAUAUGACAGACAAAAGCAGUCAGGAUCAGCUGCUGUUUCUCUUUCCAGAGUUCAAUCAGCAGAACCAAGGGGCUGCCCAGCUCGACGACGCCUGCUCCGAAACCCCCAGCAAGAAGAUGCGUCGCAAUCGGUUCAAGUGGGGGCCGGCCUCCCAGCAAAUCUUGUACCAAGCCUACGACCGCCAAAAGAACCCCAGCAAGGAGGAGCGUGAGGCUCUGGUGGAGGAAUGCAACAGGGCUGAGUGUCUGCAGCGAGGGGUGUCUCCCUCCAAGGCACACGGGCUUGGCUCCAACCUGGUGACAGAGGUCCGUGUCUACAACUGGUUCGCCAACCGGCGGAAGGAGGAGGCUUUCCGCCAGAAGUUGGCCAUGGAUGCCUACAGCUCGGGCCAGCCCCCACACAGCAUGAACCUGCUGCUCUCCCACGGCUCCCCCCACCACAACCAGCCCAGCACAUCACCUCCCACCAAAAUGCCAGGGGUCCGGUACAACCAAGGGACGAGCAGCGAGGCAGCAUCCUCCGGGGCCAUCAGCCACCACGGCAGCGGUGCCAUGGUCACCACCAGCCAGGCAGUCCUGCAGCAGGUCUCCCCGGCCGGCUUGGACCCCGGCCACGGGCUGCUCUCGCCCGACGGUAAAAUGCAAAUCUCAGUGUCAGGGGGCGGGCUGCCCCCCGUCAGCACCCUGACCAACAUCCACAGCUUGUCCCACCACAACCCGCAGCAGUCCCAGAACCUCAUCAUGACGCCGCUCUCGGGAGUCAUGGCCAUCGCACAGAGCCUCAACACCUCACAGGCGCAGAGUGUGCCAGUUAUCAACAGUGUUGCUGGCAGCCUGGCAGCUCUACAGCCCGUCCAGUUCUCCCAGCAGCUCCACAGCCCACACCAGCAGCCACUGAUGCAGCAGUCGCCCAGCCAUAUGACACAGCAGCCUUUUAUGGCCACCGUGACUCAGCUGCAGAACUCGCACAUGUAUGCACACAAACAGGAGCCUCCCCAGUAUUCCCACACCUCCCGCUUCCCCUCGGCGAUGGUGGUGACCGACACCAGCAGCAUCAGCACGCUGACCAACAUGUCUUCCAGCAAGCAGUGUCCCCUGCAAGCCUGGUGAUGCUCCACACCUCGCUGCUUUUGCACAUAGCAACGGGAUCAUAUUUUCCACAACAUCCCACCGGUGACCCGCGUUCCGA